UAUGACAACAGGGAAGCCAUAUUUCUUUUCUUCGAAGAUGUGAAGUCAAAUUAAAGAUUUUAGUGGAUUUGUUUGUUCAUAGUUUCCUGUUUGGAAAAUGGGCGAAGUUACUGAAGCAAAUGCAGCCGUUGUUGAUACUGGUGGCUAUGAUUACAAGCGAUUACAUAGUUAUCCUUUGAUAAGGCAAUCGGAUAUGAACGAUGAAAUGCGCACUGAAGCCAUGGAGCUUUGCGUUACAGCCUGUGAGAAGUUUUCGACCAAUAACGAAGCUGCUGCGAAAAUGAUCAAGGACAGUUUGGAUAAGAAAUUCGGUUCUUCGUGGCAUGCUGUCGUUGGCGAGGGAUACGGUUUUGAGAUUACACAUGAAGUCAAGAAUCUUUUGUACAUGUUUUUCGGUGGUUCAAUAGCGAUUCUGGUGUGGAAGUCAUCAUAGUGUUUUAAUGAAGAAAAAGUACUGUAUUUGUGCUCAAAAACAGAGAUGAAAUUUUAUAUAUAUGUAUUUCUUAUCAUCGAGGUAUAGUUAUAUAGUAUUCGCAAUAGAUAAGAGACGGAAAAUGUGCGCUUUUUAAAAGCAAAAUACAUUUCUGAUUUCUGAAA